AGGGUACAUCCAGCUCCUUCAGGAAAUCUUGUGACCGAACGCGUUCGGGAAGUCAGAUGGAAAUGUCAGAAGAUGAUAUUAAUACGGAAGAAUACCCCACUGAAAUUCACGAUUAUCUUGCAGCAUUUGAAAAAUCUCUUGGUUCUGUAGAUGAGAUGCUGAAGACAAUGAUGUCCAUUUCCAGGAGUGAGCUUCUCCAAAAAUUAGAGCCUCUUGAGCAAGCAAAGCUGGAUUUGGUUUCGGUGUACACGUUAAAUUCAAUGUUCUGGGUAUACUUGGCUACUCAGGGAAUCAAUCCAAAGGAACAUCCAGUGAAACAAGAACUGGAGAGAAUAAGAACAUACAUGAACAAGGUCAAAGAAAUAGCAGACAAGAAAAAGGCAUCCACACUCGAUAAAGGAGCUGCUUCUAGAUUUGUAAGAAAUGCACUCUGGGAACCAGAUGCUGGAAGUGAACAUACCUCCAAAACUCCUGCUAAAGGAAAAAAGAGAAAGAUGGACUAAAUUUUUGUUUCCCCUUAUAUUAAUUAGAGACACCUAGAACUUAUUUCGAAAUGUUUUGCACAUUGCAUGCAUCUUGCAGAGGUGCUGUAUAGCAACAUCUUGGUUAAGUUAUACUUAAGAAUUUUACAGGAUUGUAUUUUGUCCAGAACACUUGUCACUGAGGUGAUCACAUUGUAUGUUUAUCUGAAAGUGCCAUUUGAUGUGAGAGAAGUAACAUUUCAUUAUUCAAAUGAUAAUCACCUGACAUACGCUUGCUGGUAAUAGAUACUAGUGAUGUAAUGCCUAAGAAUUCCAUUUUUUUACUGCUGAACGAUUGACACUUUUUUUGUAUGUCCUUAAUCUUCUGAAUAAAAAGUCUCAAACAAUGCUA